AUGAUUAUCGGUAAAGGAACGGAAAAUUGUUUUCCGAUGGAGAUACUUUAUUUUAAAUUUUACGUGACUUCUAACUUUGAUUUUGUAACCAUCACUCGCAAGGAUACAUUUAAGAAUCCCAGAGAAGCGCUGGUGAGGCGGCUGUCGUCGUACGAGGUGGUGCGGCCGGCCCGGGUGGACGAGUUCGGGGCGCUGGUCCCGCAGAGCCGGAGGCGGCGCGGCGCCCGGGCCGGGGGCCACCCUGGAGGAGGAGGAGGAGGAGGCGGAGAGCCCGGAGGCCGGCCCGCAGGAGGCGGCCAGCCCUUAGCAGCAGGAGAGCCCGGAGGCCUGCCCGGAGGAGGCGAGGCCGGGGCGGGGCAGAGGACGCACUACCGCAUCAGCGCCUACGGGCAGCUCUUCGCCCUCAACCUCAGCGCCGACGCCGCCUUCAUCGCGCCGCGCUUCGCCGUGCUCCGCCUGGGCGGGGCCAACGCGGGGGGCGGGGCCGCGGACCCGGCGCCGCCCGACCUCCGCCACUGCUUCUACCGCGGCCGCGUCAACGCGCAGGAGGCGCUCACCGCCGUCUUCAGCCUCUGCGGGGGCCUGAUGGGCACGUUCAAAGCACCUGAUGGUGAAUAUUUUCUCGAGCCUCUGUUGAAUGCAGAUGGUAGUGAACCCGAAGACGGUCAUAACAAACCGCAUCUCAUCUACAGGUAUGAAGAGCUCAGAAAUGAUCAUUCUCAGGCUCUGCCCAGACCUUGCGACGUGUCAGAAAAUGAAACAAAGGGAAGUAAUCUACCAUUUCAAAACUACGGCAGCCUGAAGGAAGAUAUUAAUGCGCAAAAGGAAAUGGUUCUACAAUAUCUCUUAAAAAAUGGAUCUUUAGCAGAUGAAAGGAGUAAAACGCUUAACCGGAAAAAGCGUUUUCUUUCGUAUCCAAGAUACGUGGAGGUUAUGGUUACGGCAGAUGCUAAAAUGGUUCGCUAUCAUGGACGAAACUUGCAACACUACAUAUUAACCCUAAUGUCAAUUGUUGCUGCAAUUUACAAAGAUCCAAGUAUUGGAAACCUCAUCAAUAUCGUGAUUGUAAAAUUAAUUGUAAUUUACAAUGAACAGGAGGGACCAGUCAUCAGUUUUAAUGCAGCUACCACUUUACGCAACUUUUGUUUAUGGCAACAAACUCAAAAUACAUUGGAUGAUUCCCAUCCUUCCCAUCAUGACACUGCUGUUCUUAUCACUCGGGAAGACAUCUGCAGAGCUAGAGAGAAGUGUGAUACACUAGGAUUGGCAGAGUUAGGCACUAUGUGUGACCCUCUGCGCAGCUGUUCUAUAAGUGAAGAAAAUGGACUAAGUGCAGCUUUCACUAUAGCACAUGAACUUGGCCACGUAUUUAACAUUCCUCACGAUGAUAGCUUUAAAUGUAAAGAAGCAGGAAUCAAGCAUCAGUAUCAUGUAAUGGCGCCGACUUUAAAUUAUCACACGAGCCCUUGGACCUGGUCAAAAUGCAGUCAAAAAUACAUCACUGAAUUUUUAGAUACUGGUUAUGGGGAAUGUCUCCUUAAUAAACCGAAUGGAAGAACGUAUGAUUUGUCAUCACAGCUACCUGGAUCAGUGUAUGAUGUCAACAAACAGUGUGAAUUAAUGUUUGGAGCUGGUUCACAAGUAUGUCCGUAUAUGAAGCAAUGCAAACGUCUUUGGUGCACAAGUUCUGAAGGAGUUCACAAGGGCUGUCGUACGCAACAUAUGCCAUUGGCUGAUGGGACAGAAUGUGGUUCUGGAAUGCACUGUCGUCAUGGACUCUGUGUAAGCAAAGAUAUGGAAACCCGUCUCGUCGAUGGUCAGUGGGGACCUUGGGGACCUUAUAGUUCAUGUUCAAGAACGUGUGGAGGUGGAAUCAAAAGCACAGCAAGACUCUGUAACCGGCCUGAGCCAAGAAACGGAGGAAAGUUCUGUGUGGGCCGCAGGAUGAAAUUUCGAUCAUGUAACACUGAUUCAUGUCCAAAAGGCACACAAGAUUUUCGUGAGGAGCAGUGCUCUAGUUUUGACGGUAAACAUUUCAACAUCAACGGUCUUUCACCUAAUGUGAGAUGGCUUCCAAAAUACAGUGGCAUCGCCAUGAAGGAUCGCUGUAAACUCUUUUGCCGGGUUGCUGGGACUACCUACUACUACCAGUUGAGGGACAGGGUUGCCGAUGGUACACCUUGUGGAACCGAAACCAAUGAUCUAUGCGUUCAAGGCUUGUGCAGGCAAGCUGGCUGUGAUCAUGUAUUGAAUUCCAAGGCAAAGAGAGAUAAGUGUGGAGUGUGUGGAGGUGAUAAUUCUUCGUGUAAGACAAUGGCAGGCACUUUCAACAGCGCUCAGUAUGGUUAUAAUAUUGUAAUAAAAAUUCCCAGAGGAGCAACAAAUGUUGACAUUCAGCAGCACAGCUAUUCAGGAAAACCAGAAGAUGACAAUUAUCUUGCACUGUCUGACACACAAGGACAUUUUAUUCUAAAUGGGAAUUACGUUGUAAGCAUGUCUAAGAAGGAAAUCAAUGUUCAAGGAGCCAUUUUUGAGUACAGUGGAUCAAACAACUCCAUAGAGAGAAUCAAUUGCACUGAUCGACUUGAAGAAGAAGUUGUUUUACAGGUGUUGUGUGUGGGAAAUUUAUACAAUCCCGACGUGCGCUACUCCUUUAGCAUCCCAGUGGAAGAAAGAAAUGACUUGUUUAUCUGGGACCCCUAUGGUCCAUGGCAAGAUUGCAGCAAAAUGUGCCAAGGUCUUCGAAGAAGAAAGAUUUCCUGCAUCCGUAAAAGUGAUCGGUUGGUAGUUUCUGACCAACGAUGUGAGCAUAUGCCUCCUUCGUCGGUAGUGACCGAAAGGUGCAAUACAGACUGUGAACUAAGGUGGCAUGUCAUUGGCAAAAGUGACUGUACAUCACAGUGUGGCCCAGGGCACCGGUCAAUAGAUGUCCAAUGCUUGAAGUAUUCUGUUAAUAAAGGACACAGCAUCCCAGUAGAGGAUAAAUACUGUGGCGAUCAACAUAAGCCUCCACUGAGAGAACUCUGCCAUGGUGACUGUCUCUUAAAAAGCUGGCAUUACACAGAAUGGUCACAGUGUUCGAGGAGCUGUGGCAGAGGCGGGAGAGGCCGGGAAGCCUACUGUAUGAACAACCUUGGCCGCCGUCUUGCUGACCAAGAAUGCCAAGAGCUGCCCAAAGUGGUGACGGAAAGCUGCAACGAAUUCUCCUGUCCCGACUGGGCCACUAGUGAGUGGAGUGAGUGCCUGGUGACAUGCGGAAAGGGAACAAAACAUCGGCAGGUGUGGUGUCGGCUCAACCAAGAGCAGCUGGAUGAAGAUUUCUGUAAUCUGGGCAGUAAACCGGAUUCCGUGAAACCCUGUCAACUUCAUGAAUGUGCAUUUUGGCAAGAAGGAUCAUGGGGAUCUUGUACUGCAACCUGCGGACGAGGUUAUCAGGUGCGUGCUGUUAAAUGUGUCCUCGCUGCAUAUGGGUCUGCGGUUGAUGAGAGAGAAUGCAGUGCAGCUUCUCGCCCAUCAGUACUUCGGGACUGUGAAGCAAGCCCAUGCUCACAUCUCCCAGAACCUCAGGUGACUUCACUGCCUCCAACUCACAUAGGAAAGAUGACACAGUGGAGAUAUGGCUCUUGGACACCUUGCUCGGUGUCCUGUGGCCGGGGAACCCGGGCUCGAUACGUAAGUUGUUGGGAUCCACACUCUGGAGCGGCCGAAGAGUUCUCGUGCGCACAUUCACCGAGGCCGGUCGAAAUUUCAAGCUGCUUUAGUCCUUGUGGAGAAUGGCAAGCCGGAAGCUGGUCGCCCUGUUCCGUGUCCUGCGGUGCCGGAGUGAGGACGAGACAAGUCGUCUGUAUCAACUACCAUCAACACAUCGAUGAGAAUUACUGUAAUCCCGAAAGCCGCCCCAGGGAGGAAGAAGAGUGUGACCUGGCAGCGUGUCCUGUCGUGUACAGCCACUUUCCUAAUUCUUACGAUGAGCCGAGCCGUUCUCCAGGCAGCAGUUUUCCACAGACUCAGAAGCCAGAAGAUGACCGCGAUCACCCCAGUCGUUCGUCGGAAGCGGGAAACCAAUGGAGAACAGGACCGUGGGGAUCUUGCUCCAGUACUUGUGGUAGUGGAUUUCAACGAAGGGUUGUGGUGUGCCAGGAUGAGAAUGGAAGAAGUGCCAGUUAUUGUGUGGAAACUGCCAAACCACCGGAAUCUAGGGACUGUGACAUUGGGCCAUGUCCAAGAUGGAACUAUGGAAGCUGGGGAGAAUGUUCACAAACCUGCGGAGGAGGAAUAAAAACAAGAUUAGUGAUAUGUCAGCUUCCUAAUGGUGAAAUGUCAAGCGAUCAAAACUGUGAAAUCCUAGAUAAGCCACCUACUAUGGAACAAUGUCAAGUGCAUGCUUGUCCCGAUGGGGCUUCGUGGUAUCGGGGACCAUGGAAAUCGUGCUCAGCUUCCUGCGGGAAAGGAAUAAAAUACCGGGAUGUGCACUGUAUGAGCAAGUCCCAAAACAUAUUGGAUGACGAGCGGUGCAGCCUAUCUUGGAAACCCCGAACCCACAAAGCCUGCAGAUCCGGGAGGUGUCCAUCAUGGAAAGCCAAUAGGUGGAAGGAGUGUUCGGUGUCCUGCGGCGCUGGGGUUCAACAAAGAGAUGUCUACUGCAGAUUGAAAGGUACUGGGCCAGUGACUGAAGAAAUGUGUGACGAUUCAACUCGGCCUCAUAGUAAGAGAUACUGUUGGGAGCGUGCCUGUAUUGAGUAUCGUUGGUUGGCUGAUGAGUGGCAAGAGUGUCCAGUGUCAUGUAAGAAAAAAGAAAUAUAUCGGGAAGUGAAGUGUGUCGACGAACGGCAAAUCCAAGUGAACGAAAGUAAUUGUGAUGUUUCGACGAAGCCUCUAUCUGCCAGGUGGUGCCAGGUCCUUCCCUGCAAAUACAUUGUGGUCACUGGAGACUCUUCGCAGUGUACAGACAAGUGUGGAUUUGAUUACCGACAAAGAAUAACAUACUGUAUUGGAGUCCAGUCUGUUCAGAGUAACGAGGUGUCUGAGCUUCGGUCUGUAACCUAUAAAGAAUGCCCCGUCCUGCCUUCUCCGCAUAUUCAUAAGUGCAGUUUCAGGGGCUGCCUUCAAGCAGCUACUUGGAAGGUUGGAAAAUGGAGCAAGUGCUCAGAAACCUGUGGACUUGGCACACAGGAGAGAAGAGUUGAGUGCCUGACCGAAAAUGGUUGGUCCAGCGACUUGUGCCUUUCCCGUUUAAAACCAGAAGCUAGGAAGUUGUGCCAUAUCAGAGACUGUGAAAUAGUGACAAAUUGCAAAGAAAUCCAGGUGAAAAAAAUGAUUAAGGAUGAUGGCGAGUAUCUAAUUAACAUCGAAGGAAAAAGGAUAAAGGUUUAUUGUUCAGACAUGCAUUUGGAGAACCCCAAGGAAUAUCUAUCACUGGUUAAAGGUGAAGAAGACAACUUUGCAGAAGUGUAUGGAUACAGGCUACAAAAUCCAUAUGAAUGUCCCUUCAAUGGAAGUAGAAGACAAGACUGUGCAUGUAGAAAUGACUACCCUGCUGCUGGAUAUACUGUUUUUAGCAAAAUUAGAAUUGAUCUCCUCUCCAUGCAAAUUAAAAUUACAGACCUUCUUUUUGCUCAUACCAUAUUUGGAAAAGCGGUUCCAUUCGGCACAGCUGGAGAUUGUUAUAGUGCUGCACGAUGCCCACAGGGACGGUUCAGUAUCAAUUUGGCAGGCACCGGGUUGAAGAUAUCCAGUUCAGCAAAGUGGCUUGCCCAAGGCAAUUAUGCAUCUGUCAAUGUGCAUAGAUCUCUGGAUGGCACAAAGAUAUACGGUAGAUGUGGUGGGUUCUGUGGGAAAUGUAUGCCUCAUUCAAACAUGGGCCUCCCCAUCCAAGUCCAGUGAAAAUUCCAAGGUGGAAUCACCCAAGGAGGGGAACUAUGCUCCUGUAGAGCCCGAUCACAAACGAUUUUCCUUCUGCGAUCCUCUGAUUCUGGAAUGUUGGCAUAGGAAUAUUCUGCUCCCUUUUCUGCAGGGAUGCCUACCAGUUUCAUUUGGGCGUAAACUUCGAAGAAGACUCCUUUGGUGUAUAAACUCAAUCAAAAGCCCCUGGGUUUGGUGAGUGAGGUAUUCAUUCCCGGUGCAGCCUACAAGCUGUUGGAUAGGAUUAGAGGGGGGUGGAGGAGAAGGAAAAUUAGGUGGAGAAAGAGGAGGAGGAGAGGAGAAGAAA